AUGACUGAUCCACACUUCACGUGCACUGGCCUUUGUUUUCACUCCACAGAUGGCAGUGAUAUUGACAAUGAAGAAGGCAGUGCAGCUGUGAAUGAAGAAAAUGCCAAAGGAACAGAUAAAGAGAGGAAAAGAGCAACACCAAGAACCAGAAGGGGACAUGCCAGAGGGAGGACCAGGUGUGGUGGUGAGGAAAAUGAGGAUGAGGAAGAUGGGACAAGGAGAGCUGGGCAUCGCAGGCACAGAAACCGUAGAGGACGGGGACGAGAAACUGGAAAUGAGGGUAAUGAUUCUGAUGGGGACCCCACGAAAGCCAGGAAGAACCAGGCAAAUCAGAAAUCCAAGGAAGAUGAUGAAGAUGAGGAAGAUGAGAAAGACAGUAAAAGUGGGAAAAGUAAAAAUGAGAAGAAACAAGACAAAAAGCCUGAUAAGAAAGGGAAAAAAGAGAAGGCCAACAAGAAGAAAAAAGAAAAAAAGAAAUCAGGAUCUGGCUCUGAUUCUGACUCCGAGGAGGAGCCAAUUACAGAGGAGGAAUUGGCUAAGCUGAAAGAAGAGGUGGAAGAAAAAAAGAAACUAAUCGCCACUCUACGAAACAAGCCAUGGAAGAUGAAAAAGAAGUUGUCUGUCUUAAAGGAAGCUCAGCUUUUUGUGGAAAAGUUUGAAGGUGCUCUUGGAAAAGGAAAAGGAAAAAAAUUUUAUGCAUACAAAGUGAUGAUGACCAAGAAAUGGAUGAAAUUUCAAAGAGAUUUUGAGAAUUUUAAGACAGCCUGCAUACCCUGGGAAAUGAAAAUUAAGGAGAUUGAAAGUCACUUUGGGUCAUCAGUGGCAUCUUACUUCAUAUUCUUGCGCUGGAUGUAUGGAAUAAACAUGAUUCUUUUUGGACUGACCUUCGGACUUGUAAUGGUGCCUGAGGCUUUGAUGGGGAAGCCAUAUGGCUCUUUACCUAGAAAAACUGUCCCAAGAGCUGAAGAAGCUAGUGCUAUGAACUUUGCUACUCUUUGGGAUUUUAGUGUAAGUGCAUAA